GCCUUCUCUGUCAAAUGCAUUUUUAGAUGUUUAUCUAGUACCCUGUGAAUGACACUUUGUUUACUGUAAACAGUUCUUUCAGUUUUAGCGUUUUUUCCCAAAAAAAUCUUUUAAAAUGGAUAAACCCCGUGAUAAAGUGUUUCGCCGUAAAGUUACAUUUUCAGAUAGUAUAACGAGAAUACCUAAAGUGUACGAAAACGGACGCAAGGAUGCACCCCGUCCUAGGAGUAGAAGUGUUUUUACCAGUUCCCACGCUAGCGACGAACUUCAAACAAGGGACAUAGUGAGAUACGAGGGUCAAAACUCCCGACCCCCGUACGUCCCCAAACCGAUUACAGUAAAAAAUUAUUUCUCUGAAGAUUAUAAUGAUAUUUAUGCAGAUGAUGGUUACACUGGCGGUACAACAAUUUCCCCUCACGGUAUCAUAACGAUGCGCUUGCGCGAAUACAUCCGCGUUGAUUUAUCACUUGACCGCGCCAUUCGUAUCUCCAACGCGAAAAAUGGUAUAGUUUUAGCCCUGAGUGCGAGCGGAAGUUCGUCUGGUUUAAUACAUCCCAAUGGAAAGGUGUACCAAUAUGGGUCUAGGGUUGAAAUUAUGGCCAACGACGGUCAAGGCAAUGAUAAGUUCGCGAAGAUGUGGUAUAAAGGAGUAAGUUUUACGAGCGUUCAAUGCGCUCUUGUAUAUUUAGUCGAUUCCGCCGGUACUAGAACGACUACAGAUACUUUCAACGAUCUAACACACGAUUUUACUCUCAAUAUAUUUUACGAAGGUUCCCCGUAUACGUAUCUCGAUAAUCCGAGUACAACUCAUACCACUCAUUUGGUAAACGAAGCGAUGAGCGUUUUACAAGGCACCAACUGUUGGAUGACAGAAGACGGUACCACAAACUGGAUCAUCAAUAACGUUAGGAUCUCUCAAACGGCCGACGGAUUAGUGAGAGUUGGUAGAAAUAGCAACAAAUUUUCUUUACGAACAUCCCCGACGAACGGAUCUGCUUCAGUGUCGUCUCCGUAUAUGCAUUGCACCGGUUCGAUGGGACAGACGCGUCAUCUGUUUGUCAGACGAGGCGAACGUCGAAUGCACUAUGACGGUUCGACGUUUAUAGUACGGAACGCCGGACAUUCGGCGGGCUUCGAUGAAAAGCAUCAAUUGAAAGUUUACUAAUUGUUUGUUCAGUUUUCUUUUUUUUUAAUUGAUAAUUUUUAUUGGGGAAAUCCAGUCAUUUGUUCUCAACGUUGUGUAAUUUUGCUAAUCGCGCCAAUAAAUUUCGGUGAUGGACGAGUGGAUGUUAUUUGGUUGGAGGGCGUACGCUGUGAUAUACAGGGAUUGGUUGAAAAUUAAAAUAUAAAUAUUUGCCUAGUGUUUUUUAAACUUGUCGCUAGCACAUACAUUUUUUAAAGUGAUUUUGAAAAGCGUACACGUACGUGCGUGUGUGUUUAUAUAUAUAUAAACACGGCGAUUAUUUUACAUUUACAAGAAGUAUGUUUUUUCAUCGAUUCGAUAGCAAAAUUAUUUAAGGUGUCAGCUUUAUUAUGUUUGCUGUUUAUGACUGUGAUAAUGCAAUUUAAUAACGAUGCAAACGUUCUAAAAUUGCUAAUAAAUAUUUGUGGAAAUGAUAAA